GCUCCGCUCGCUGUGGUGCGCGCGGCGGUGGCGGCGGCGGCGGCGGCGGCGCGUGGCAGGUCCGGCGGGCGCGAGGCGGCGGCGGCGGCCCGAGCCCGGCCCAGCCUCGUCCCGCCCGGGGCCCGCCCGGCCCCGACCCCCGCCCCGGUCCCGACGCGCCGCGGCCUCGCCCUGGCCCCGGCCCCGGCCCCGGCCCAGCCCGGCGCUUCCCGGGGGAGCGGCGCUGCCGGCCCAGAGCGCAGGCCCGGCCAUGACCGACUUCAAAUUGGGAAUCGUGCGGCUCGGCCGGGUGGCCGGGAAGACCAAAUACACGCUGAUAGAUGAACAAGACAUCCCACUAGUGGAGAGCUACUCCUUUGAGGCCCGAAUGGAAGUUGAUGCGGAUGGAAAUGGUGCUAAGAUAUUUGCGUAUGCCUUUGACAAAAACCGGGGAAGGGGAGCGGGGAGACUCCUCCAUGAGCUGCUGUGGGAGCGACACAGGGGAGGCGUCGCUCCUGGGUUUCAGGUGGUGCAUCUCAACGCUGUGACUGUGGACAAUCGCCUGGACAACCUGCAGCUGGUGCCAUGGGGCUGGCGGCCCAAAGCUGAAGAGACCUCCAGCAAACAAAGGGAGCAAAGCUUGUAUUGGCUUGCAAUUCAGCAGCUUCCCACAGACCCCAUAGAAGAGCAGUUCCCUGUCCUAAAUGUGACCCGGUACUAUAACGCCAAUGGGGACGUGGUGGAAGAGGAGGAGAAUUCCUGCACCUAUUACGAGUGCCAUUACCCGCCCUGCACAGUGAUCGAGAAGCAGCUACGGGAGUUCAACAUCUGUGGGCGCUGCCAGGUGGCCCGAUACUGCGGUUCCCAGUGCCAGCAGAAGGACUGGCCGGCCCACAAGAAGCACUGUCGGGAGAGGAAGCGUCCCUUCCAGCACGAGCUCGAGCCGGAGCGAUGACUGGCAACGGAGCUACUGCCUCAUGCUCGCGUCUUCUGGGCUCUUCCUUGGGCACAGCAGACAGACUACUGGUGGUUGAACCUGGAGGAGGCGUGAGGAAAGCCAGCAGUUGGCCCAGAACAGCCACCAUGAGACUCCUGAUGUCACGCACAGUUUGCGGGGACAGCGCCCGCUUCAGUGUUAAUCUCCAGCAGAGACAACCGGGGAGGCUCCCGCCAGGACGUUUCUCAUUAUUUAUAUGUUAAUAUGUUUGUAAACUCAUGUACAGUUUUUUUUUGGAGGGGAGGCUGUGGGAGGGGUAGAAAUUACCAAUAGAAUCAUUUGCUGUAAUCCUCAAAUGGCAAACGGGCCACAUGUCUGAAAACUGUCAUGUAGCCAAAGCUUCCUCCUGGGUGUCAGGAUCCCCAUGGAGUGCAGCCUGCAUGGGAGUUGUGUCCAAAGGGUCAGAGUAAAGGGGUGGAAUCGUC